UGCAACACUGCGCCACAGCUGACGGCCAAAACACAAACACAAAAGACGCGCAAUUUUUAUAUCUUGGGGAAAAUCGAGGAUUUAACGAUGACCCUUGCAAGCGGGGACAAAGACAAUGAAGCAGUCCAGUUCAGCUUUCCUGAGAGCUGGAGGGACAACGCCAGGAUGCAGGUGCAGUUCGCCAUGUUCCGAUCGCGAGACCUGGACGCCGAGGACUACGACGCAAAAAUGAAAUUCUGGAAGGACCUGAUUGCGAAGUACCUGAAGUUCUGUGGUAGACCCGUCUUCAGGCUGCGGGAUCUGCAACUGCAGUUCAUGCGGGGUGACCAGCUGCCUGCCUGUUUGGACACCGUGAUAACCGAGUUGCAGCACACGAAACAGAUCCGAUCUCGCAGUGAAUUCGAGCAGGAUCCGGCGAAUUCCUGGAGCGGCUGGCUGGUCAACAGCCUCGUAAAGCGCCCCCUUUCAUGGAGCUGGACCAAGCUCAAGCACAGCGUGGUGGGAGAGGAUCUGGAGGCCUCUGCUUUACUGGAAUGGAUUCACCUAGAUGUCUUAAACAGCACUUGCGUCCUCAUAACCGAGAAAGUCUUAUCGGAAAACAGCGGCAAGCUCCUGCAUUUCGAUGCCUUCAAAUCCCUUUGCAAAGCUCAACAAGUGCGCAUCCACUCAGACAAAGAUUUCUGCGUUUGCUUGCUGGCCCUAAAUGUUCGCCAAAUCGUCGGUCUGGAGUUCAAGGUGGAAAAGGGCCAACGCCAAAUUCACUUGAUCAAAAUACCAAAAAAAGACGGCGAUGAUCUCAACAUAAGCCAAGAAGACCAUGCCGUCCAUAAUCUUCAGAAUACUCAGGCCCAGUUGCUCAAGCAGUUGGAGGACCUGGAGGAGGAGAUCAAGAUAAACGAUGAAAAGGCACGUCAGUACUUAAAGGAAAACAAGCGGCAAUUGGCCAAGACUUAUCUGCGAAAAAGGCAUCUCCUGGAGAAGAAUCAUGAACGUCGCAGCCUUGCCCUGCACAACAUUGAAUCCCUUUUGAGCAGUGUGGAUGAGGCCCAAAACAGUGGCGUUGUGCUAGACGCCUACAAAAUCGGCUCGAAUACCUUGAAGAAGGUGCUCUCUGAUUCUGGCUUGAAGUACGACAACGUCGACGAAGUUCUGGCCGAUGUGCGGGACACUCUCGACCAGCACCGAGAGGUUCAGGACGUCUUGUCCACUAGCGUUGUGGAGGGAGUGAGUCAAGAGGAGGAUCAGUUGGAACGCGAAUUGCGCGAGCUGUGCGGCGAAUCUUCGCCAGCUGCCUUCAGCCCAGUCAUUAAUAACAACGUAAUGCCAGAGGUUGUGAUCACCGAUGAGGAGAUGAUUGCCAUGCUGCAGGAUCUAGAGGUUGAGGAUGGAACCGUCUCCCAAAUGAGCACCAGAACUGUGAAACCUAUACAGGAGCUUUAAAACGCGUUAAAAUGUUUGUGUUUUUUAUAUGGCAUGUGAACUGUUCUUUCACUUAAAUUUAGUUAAUAAAUGAUAUGUUUAAUAUUUA